AUGGCCUCAGCUACCGAGAUCCUCCACCGCAAACCUCAAAAUAUCGCCGUUUCGACCAACCCGGCUCAUGAAUUGAAAGUUCAUGACGUGGAGAUUCCUGAGCCCGGGCCGAACGAUUGUCUGGUCCACGUCCGCGCGACGGGAAUCUGUGGCAGUGAUGUGCAUUUCUGGAAAGAAGGGAAGAUAGGUUCUUCGCUGAUCACGGGCGAUUGUGGGUUGGGACACGAAAGUGCUGGGGUGGUGAUCAAGACGGGGAGGGAAGUGAAAGGACUGAGGAUAGGUAAUCGAAAUUCCCCUCCCAUUCAUUUCUCAUCCUUUGAUUGAGUUAUCCUAUGCUAAGACUUUUUCCUUCGACAAGGCGACCGCGUGGCGCUCGAAUGCGGGAUCCCAUGCAGUAAACCCACCUGCGAGCCCUGCCGGACAGGUCGUUACAAUGCCUGCCCGGAUAUCAUCUUUUAUUCCUCUCCUCCGCUUGAUGGGACGCUUCGUCGCUAUCAUGUCCACCCAGCAGCCUGGCUACAUAAGCUCCCGGACUCCAUGACCUAUGAGGAAGGUGCUCUCCUGGAACCGCUCUCGGUCGCCUUGGCAGGCAUUGAGCGCUCUGGUCUGAGGAUGGGCGACCCCUUGGCCAUAUGCGGUGCAGGUCCUAUUGGGAUGGUGACUCUCUUGGCUGCUCAUACCAGCGGCGCGGCGCCUAUUGUCAUUACUGAUAUCGAUGAAAACCGACUUCGAAUGGCCAAGGAGUUAGUGCCAAGGGUAAGAACGGUUUUGGUUCCCAAGGGAAUGGAGGCGAAGAAUGUUGGUGAGAAGAUCAAGGAGGCGUUGCGUCAGGAGUCCAAAUUGGCGAUCGAAUGCACCGGCGUCGAGAGCAGUAUUCAUUCCGCGAUAUACGUAAGUCGACCUCUCUUCUUCUGAUGUGCAUUCUGGAUCUAACCUAGAUUAUAGGCCUCCAAGUUCGGCGGCACGGUCUUCAUCAUUGGAGUCGGCCGGGACUUCCAGCAAAUCCCCUUCAUGUAUGCUUCAUUUCGAGAGAUCGACAUCCGCUUUCAGUUCCGGUAUAUGGAGACUUAUCCCAAGGCUAUCAUGCUGGUCUCUGAAGGCUUGAUCGAUUUGAAGCCAUUGGUGACGCACCGAUACAAACUCGAGCAAGCCCUUGAGGCUUUCACUACCGCAUCGACACCCGAGGCAAAGGCUGUCAAGGUGCAGUUGUUGGAUAGUUGA